AUGUGCGGACUCCGGGCUCCAAGCCAUGUUUAUUCAGCAACAUUAAAAAAUUCAAGUAACAAUGAUAUUGUUGUUGAAGUUGAAUAUGCUGGUUCAGAUGCUAGUCAUGGCGAACAUGUUACCGUAAUUGUACCUAAAGGUGGUUCACAAUCUAUUAAAGAAAAAACUCAUCAUGUUGGUGAUAAUGAACAACGUAAAUUCAUUCAAAAAUUAACUGUUAAAUCAGAGGGUGCUACAAUACAAGAAUUAUCAGCUCCAUUUGAAGGUGUUAAAUCACCAAAACACGAAUGGCAAUUUGAAGUUACUGAAGAUGGUUCAAUUAAAUCAGUAUCACAUUAA